GGGCUGGUGCUGUCGGGAAAGGGCGCGCGCACGCACGCACGCACGCACGCACGCAGCCCGCUGGGAGGGGUAGUCCUUGCUCGCGUCGCCAUCUUGGUGUCGCCACGGCAGCUCCUCGGGGCGUUGCUGGCAGCCAUCUUGGGACGGGGAGGCGGUGGGGGCCCCCGCGGGCAGGGGGGUUGGAUUUAGUAGUCGUGUGCGCGGUGGUUUUGUUUUGAAUAGCAACACCAGUAAAUGGGUGGUAAAAGGCAGCCUGAGCACCGUAGCAAGUGCGCUGAUAAGCCUUGUGGUGCUUUGGGGAUGGUUUGUGGGGCUCUCACUUUGUUUGUAGGUGGUGUGCUGAUACUGGCUUCAGGCCCAUUCUACUGUCAUGUUUAGCUAAAUAAAAGGCAAUUUUUCCUUUGAAAUCAUUCCUGAAGGCCUUUCAGUGCCAUGCCAGCUCGCUCCAGGGGAUGAGGGAUUCCAAAUCUUGUGCUGAGUCUUUUGGUACCCCACGUGGCUGGGGAUGCUGUGAACACUUCUGAGGGAAGGCCUGACAGGGUUUGUGAGGUUGUGCAGUGAGUUGGGCUGUGUGUGGCCUGGCAGGGAGCUACAAGGCUGUGGAGAGCAGAGCAGGUCAGAAUAGGGAAGGAAAGGAUCAUGGGGUGGUUAACGGGACCCGAACGUGGGGAAGAAUUGGGGGAAAUAUGAGGGCAUGUGGGUCACUGUACCAAAGUCAACAAGCAUUUUCAGUCAGCUCUGGGAGGUGGAGUAAGCCCUUGAUGCAGUCGGGACAAAGCAGGUCAUGCAAAGGGAUGGGAGAGGGCAGCUGGGGGGAUGGUAAUGUGUUUAAUAGGACUGUGAAAUGAAACAAGGCUCAUGCUGGGGCUGUUGGAUGUUCUUGAUGUCCUCAGUGGAACUGCUCCUGAUAUUCCUCCCAGAGCCUGUUCUUGCCGUGCCUGACAGAGAGAAGGUGACUCCUUCAUACAGCGGAAGUAAUUUACAGUGCUCAUCAGACUGCAACUUCAGUUGUGUGACAGAUCCAACCUAUCCUUUAGCAAAAAUGGAAGCUAUCAAGAAAAAGAUGCAGAUGUUGAAGUUAGACAAAGAGAAUGCCAUUGACAGAGCAGAGCAGGCUGAAACAGAUAAGAAGGCAGCUGAGGACAAAUGUAAACAGGUAGAGGAUGAGCUGGUAGCUCUGCAGAAGAAGUUGAAAGGAACUGAAGAUGAGCUGGAUAAGUACUCGGAGGCUCUCAAAGAUGCCCAGGAAAAACUGGAGCAGGCUGAAAAGAAGGCCACUGAUGGGAGCUGGGCUGUGAGGAUGCUGUUGGGUGCAGCCCCCCGCAGGCGUGACGCCCAGCCCCGGCUCCUCUCCGGCAGUACCACACCGGAGGGCAGGACCCGGCAGCACGGUGCCGAGCCCUACCUUUUGGGGGCCUCAGGGUGGCGGGGGAGCCCCGCAGCGCUGCAGCUGGGCGCGGCGCAGCGGGUUGCGCAGCCCGGGGCGGGGCGGCCCCGGAGCUGGGGGGGCGCUCUGGGGGACCCCGCCGGGGAGCGGGGCUGGGGGCGGGGCGGCCCCGGAGCUGGGGGGGCGCUCUGGGGGACCCCGCCGGGGAGCGGGGCUGGGGGCGGGGCGGCCCCGGUGCGCCGCUGUCCCAGCGCUGCCUGCGCCGGCUCCUCUCUGUGCUACGUCACCGCCCCCACCUCCACCUCCAGCCGCGUGACGUCAUCGGCCCAUUGAAAGGCGCGGGGCCGCGCGCCGCCACGUGCAGCACCCCCGCGCCCUGCCCGUCGCCAGCGCCGCGCCCA